GACACACUUAAUGAUCUUUCCAUCAAUCUCAUUUCACGUGUAAAAUAGUCAAAAUCAAGCUCUCAUUUGAUUGUGCAGCCUGAUUAACAUCACUAUUUCCGACAUUGACAGCAUGCACUUCUCAAACUCACUUCUCGUCGCUGGGCUCAUUGCCUUGGCCUCAGCAUCUCCAGCCCCAGAGCCAACGACGCCAACUGCAUCUCAAACUCAAGCUCUAGUUGACGACCUCCAAUCAUACAUCCUCGACCUUGCAACCCAACCCAUAGUUUCCAGCCUUGCCACCGACACCGCCGCUCUCAACUCUCUCGAAGCGUUACAAUCGUCCCUCCUAGUCGAUGUUAAGAACGGCGAGAAUCCAAACACAUCCGUGUUGACUGCUUUGCCCUCUCCUCUCGCCAGCUUCAUCGGAUCCAUCUACACGGCAGAAAUGAGCAUCAUCAGUAAAGAUGGAUUUGGCGAUUUGAUCUCAAGCGAAACUGCUAGCGAAGCUGCAACUGCAUCGGCUACCGGUGCGACACAGACGUCAAGUGGGACUCAGAAGACUUCGACGACUGGGACGGCGACGGCGACGGCUGGAUCGGCGAGUGCAAGCUCGACUGGGCCGGUCACUAAUGAGACGGGUGCCGCUGGUGCCUUGGGUGUUGAUAUGUUGAAGAUCUGUGGAGGUUUGGCGGUUGGUCUUGUGGGUGCUGUGAUGGCUCUGUGAUGGAAUUCAUCGGUACUUAUUAUGAUACAUGUCACUCAUGUUGUUUCGAGAUUCUUCUAGCUUUCAGGAGCAUGGGAGUAUGAGACCAUGGUUCUUUCGUUGAUGACAAUUAAUGAAACCAAUUAGUUUAAAGCUCUCUCUACGUGCAAUCCUGAUACUGGGGAAUGUUACUACAAAUUUUGAGAACGAGUGAAUUUGGACUCGUCUUGGCCAUUGGCCACACGUCAUAAAGCUUCUAGUAGUGAGAAUUUAAAAGAAACGAGGGGAAAAAAAGUGCAGAUGAAUUCAUUUGAUAACUUCCA